AUGUUCGAUCAAUCCUCGGGACAGGUUUUCAAGGAGGCCGUGGCCGCGCGCCCUCCAGAUGCCUACGAAAAUGGCCGAGACUGGUCCAAACGGACUGGUCUGUGGCCACGCAGAGGUCGUGGCGGACAAGGCAGGAAAGGCGCAAGGUCGCUGGCCGAUAUGGCCAUGCAUCUCGCGGCAGAGAAUAUUGGGGACGUGACGGAGCAACAUCUCGCACGCGACGACUUGCCAAGGCGGUACUUGUGGAGGAUAUGGCGCCUGCUGGAGAACAGAGGUGUUUGUUUCCAGGCAUGGAAGAUCUUCUCAAAGUUCCUCCUCGCCGAAGAUGAUGAAAAGACGUUGAACCUCUAUCGCUACCGCCAGCACAUUUGUCAGCCGACCGAAAACCUCCGUCACUACCUAAGGCCACUCGCGUCUCCCGCCUUUGACUUCAUUGCACACCUCGUCAUCGCUGGCAACUGUUCUUUUGUCGAGAACGAGCUUUUGCCUCUCGCGAAUCUGAAGAAUCUCGGUAUCCUCGAGAUCAUCCAGCCAGCCGAUGAGCUGAGGACGGUCUUUCCCAACGUCGACGACCGUCUCAUCAGAGGCUGGUCGGAGAUGAAGGACCCGUUUCCAUUGCUGAGAAUUCUCAGGCUCUGGAGCGAUGAGUCUACGAGUUCGCAGUCUCUCAAAUAUGUGUCCAAGUUUCCGUCACUCGUCCUGUACGACGUCAACGCGGCGAGGGCUGACUGGACAGACGCUGGCGAAGCCGCUCUGGAAGAAGGCUGGGAGGUGGCAGAGCCAGAGCAUGGUCCGAACGAUUCUCUGCUGUGGUAUUUGAUGCUCUUUGACUCGGUCGAGGAGAGCAAACCACGGCAGUUACAGGGGUUGGCACGCAACAUCAACGAAGGGCUGAUGAACUUCUGCCAGGGCAGUAAUCAACCUAUCAAAUUCGUUGCGGGCGACACGGCGCCCUCUUUCCUCGACCACCUUGGAGACUCCGCCAAGAGGAAUCUGUCCAUGUACGUGGAUGUACCAGGGUACGAAGCUCAAACGUGCAAAGGCUUCCCAUUCGAGACCUGGGCGUUCUGGCUGUACUCUUUCAUCGGCCAACUCACGAAAGACGAGGACCUGAACAGAGCUGGCGUUGCUCCGGAGAAAAAGACCGUGUCCGAGGAGCUGGUCCUUCCGUCCAAGCCUCUCGCGUGUCUGCAGCUCGGUCAUUGCGGCGGCAAGCCUGGUAUCACCCCUGCAGUGUCAUAUGUUAGACGGGGGCUGUUCGCGACGAGGAGAUACACCUUUUACAGGACAUCGUCAGUCAACAGCAGACAGGAAUCCUCGCGGAAGCCGACGGAGGUAAUGAAGCCUAACGUGCAGCUUGGAAACGUCGAGACGGGUUUGAACCCGAAUCGGAAGAAGAGGCGAAGGCUCGAUGAUAUUUUGCAGUCGUUUUUGGGGUCUUGA